AUGACUCCCUACGACCUCCGCUCUCUCAACAUCCCCUUGCUCAACGAGUCCUACCCCCACCUUUGGCGCGCGGCUUCUAUGGAGAAGGAAGCUAUGGAACCAAGUGCGAACCUGUUGGCAGCGUACGACGACGAUCCACAGGCCGUAAUCGUCGAUCUGUAG